AUGUUCUCACGCUCGUUCUUCCUCGCUCUCUUGAGCGCGCCUCUUUUGGUCCUGGCUGACGGGCCUAACGCCUUCAACAAUGCCAAUGGUACCUUGGUCGCCACCGCCGGGCAGCCCCUGACUUUGAACUGGACUCCUACGACAUCUGGCUCCAUCUCUUUGGUGUUGAGGAGUGGUUCCAGCAACGAUCUCGCUGCUGGCACUAUCAUCGCUUCAAACGUCGCCAACAGCGGCUCCUACACCUGGACUCCAGACACCAUGUUGACCCGCGGCUCUGACUACACUGUCGAGAUCGUCGACGACACCGAUCCUACUCAGGUCAACUAUACGCCAUACUUCGUUCUCAACAGCGACAACACGGUCGCCUACAGCACGUCCCAAGUCAGUUUCGGCACCGCUUCUGCCUCCGCUAUCUUGUCCACUCUAUCCUCCGCCAGCGCAACAGGCAGCGCCACGAGCGUCGCAGCCGCCAUCUCCAGCAGCAAGGCUUCCGCUUCCGCAUCUGGCUCUUCCACCGGCUCCGCUGCAUCCAUGACUGGAUCGUCGAGCAUGAAGGCGUCUGGCUCUGCAACCAGCGCCGCCUCUUCCGGUGCGUCCGCUGCUUCUUCAUCCGCGGCCAUUCAGACUCAGUCUGCUGCUGGUGCGGCGCCAAGAGUGACUGCUAUGGCUGGUGUGCUCGGCUUGGCUGCCCUCGGUGCUUUGGCAUUGUAA